UGGCAACUGCGCGACCGUAGACACGCAGCGCCCACAUACACAUACACACACCCCACACACGCAAGCGCCUCCCCUUUCGCCCCUCCCCGUCUUCGCCACAAACAGCGCCGGCUGCCAAUCCCGCCUGCUGCUCGUGCUGCUGCACAGACUCCGCACUCUCCUGACAGCGCCACAACAUGAGUGCCUGGGCAGCAGCCUCGGAGGAGCCUCUGCUCUGCCCUGCUGCCUGCUGCCUCUCGCGGCUGGAUUAAUCGCGGCUGUUGCUCCGGCGCCAAGGGCGGGCUGCCUGCGCGGGUGUGCGUUCGCCCCGCUUCUGCUGCUUUUCCUGUGCGCCCGGGUCGAGGAUGGGGACAUUUAAAGGACCAACUCAACAAGCGGAGGAGAGAGUUUGGUGGUAGGGGGGCUCAGGACGAGACCCCCAGCCCGCCCCAUCCCCUCAGCAGCGCCCCAGGAGACAAGCACUCCGCUGAGGAGGACCCUGCAGGCGGCCAGAUUUUAUUAUUGGCUGAACUUGGCCAGGCACAACUGGUCCUGAUGGGGGACUCGGGAUCAAGGCGUUCCAUCAUUGUGUCCCGGUUGCCAAUAUUCAGGAGAAGUAUUAGCCGAAGACACGACUCCCUUCCGUCAUCGCCUACGUCUAAUAGUACCAUUGGUGUUCACAGCUCUUCUCCCUCUAGCACCAACUCUAGCUCAGGUAGCACUGGCAAACGCAGGAGUCUCUUCCGCACCCCUUCCAUUAGCUUCCACCACAAGAAGGGGAGUGAACAGAAAGCCGAAUCUCCAAGCCAAAACGCGGGCAUUUCCAAUGGUGCUCAGCCUAGCCACACAUUGCAAAAGCUCAGUUUGGAGGAGCAUGUGAAAAGCAGAGGGAGGCAUUCUGUAGGGUUUGGAAGUUCGCGAAGUAAGAAAAUCACGAGAUCCUUGACAGAGGACUUUGAGAAGGGGAGGGAGCCUUCAACCAAUAAGAAUGUCUUCACCAAUUGCAUACGGUCUGGGAAGAAUGAUGGUGAUGAUUCUGGCUUUACAGAGGAACAAAGCAGAUCUUCUCUUAAACAUUCCUCAAGGAAGCUUCUUCCCAAAUCCUUCUCAACACACUACAAGUUUUCAAAGCCAGUCCCUCAAAGUCAAUCCAUUUCCUGUGUACGGCCAUCUUCUUGCCUCCUGGAUAUUAAACCUAAUGUUGAAAGUGAACCUGCAUUGGUGAGAUCUCCUCCUUCACGUUCUCCCGAGGUCAUAGAAUGCAUUGGCAGCUCUUUGCAGUCACCGUUGCUUUCUGCUGACCUGACCACGGUCCAGACCCCUUCCGAAUUUCUAGCAUUGACUGAAGAUUCCAUCUCGGAGGUUGAUGGGCUGCCCCACUGUGCAAAUUCACACGCAGAAACUUUUGUCCAUAAUGUUUCUACCUCUCAAAUCUUCCUCAACUCUGUUGCUGCUCCUCCUCUUCUUUUGAAGAAAACUGAUUGUGCAGAAAGUGUUUCACAUUGUGCUGUUAUAUCACCCAAAAAUCACAGGGCUAGAAACUUAACGCUCAAUGAAUCUAGUACCGUAUCUGAAAUCUGUGAUGCUAAUCAAAACCAUGCAAAAGUAUUAUUGCAAGAACAUCCUGCUAAAAUGACCAGCCACCUGGAAGAUGUACGCUCAGGAGCUGAAGCACAAUUAAAACCUUUUGUCUUAAACCAGGGAGAAAUAGCUGAACAUUCUCUAAAAGCACAGGGAUUGCAUCGGGACCAACAAGAAAUGAGAGCACUGGAACACAUUAGAGAAACUCUUCCAACUUCCGAUUCUAAGAUAAUCCCUCCAUCUUCUGAACCUCAGUCGUUUCAAACGCAGCAGAGAUACGAAGUGAACCAUUCAAAGGUAAAUCUUGCCAGUAGUUUUAGCCCAUAUCGAGAAGGAAGGUUCAUAGAAAAACGGCUGAGAUCGUCCUCAGAAGGCACUGCUGGAAGCAGCCGGAUGAUCUUAAAACCAAAGGAUGGAAACCCAGAAGACAUGAACAGUUUGCGAAAGCAAAGGGCUGGCUCCUCCUCAUCGAAAAUGAACAGCCUGGAUGUAUUGAAUAACUUGGGCUCCUGUGACUUGGAUGAAGAUGACCUUAUGCUUGACAUGGAAUUCCUAGAAGAGCAGCAUCAUCGUCAUUCUGUUUGCCGAGAAGAUUCACACCAGUCCAUAGUCUCAUGUGCUGCAGUUCUCCUUACUCCUAUUGAGGCAGCUGUUGAAGGGAAGAAAAAGGAACAGCCAAAAAUGCCUGAAGUGGCCAAACAGAAUCUUUCUCUCAAGUUGUCAAAGGAGGUGGAUCGAGGAGAAGCUAGGUGCCCUCGGGUCAGCCAGUUAGCCAGCAGCCCAUCUGUGGAGUGGCCUUUUGCAGCCAUGGAAGAAGGUGGAGGGAUGGAAUCGUUGCCUUUCCGGUUGAUGAUGCAAGACUGUACAGCAGUCAAAACAUUACUGCUGAAAAUGAAGAGGGUUCUUCAAGAGAGCACGGAUAUGAGUCCUGCCAGCAGUACCAAUUCACUUCCUGUUAGCCCACUUACUGAAGAACCAUUGCCUUUCAAGGAUAUAAUGAAAGAUGAAUGUUCAGCACUGAAGCUGCAAGUGAAGGAGAGAGAUGAACUCAUUUCCCAACUCCGUGAAGAGCUGGAAAAAGCCCAACAUUUACAGAGGACUCUGGCUUCCCAAGUCGAUAAAUCCACACAGACUGAACUUGUAGGCCAUGAUGCUACAUAUCCAAACAAAAUGGUGAGCCAAACUCUCAACACAAAGGACAGAAAGUCAGCACAUACACCCACCGAGGACCAUUUUAGAUGUUCACCAGGCAACCAAGCAACCUCCUACGAAAGCAAAAGCUGCCAGCUGCCAAGUGUGUGCCUCAGCAACUUCCUGAAAGAAAAAGAAAUGGUGGAAGUAAUCAAGCACACGAAAGACACUUAUGAAGCCCUUGCUGCAGAGAUGAAUCAGAAUGGCUUAGUGGGAGAGGCACAAAGCACGCCGAAGCCAGUGGCCAAAGCUGAGAAUGUCCCUGUUUUCACUGGGUCUCUGAUGGAUCACACUCCUGUCCCCCGACAACACUCUACUUUCAUAGGGAGGCUGGGACAGCCUCCAAGAGGACCCAUCUCUUUACACAUGUACAGCAGGAAAAAUGUGUUCCUUCACCACAACCUUCAUACAUCUGAGCUUCAGACUUUAGGCCAGCAAGAUGGGUAAAUGGAGUCAGCACAUAUUGUUGCAGACAAUGCUUCAAGGGGACACGAUGCUAAUUUAAAGUUGACUUUAAAGAUGUCAUCAGCUGCUACCUACAAUUUGUUUUAAAUUUAUUAUUGUUGUACAUGAGAUCUGAACUUGCCCUGUAAAUGAAGGAGUGGGGUGGGGGUGGGAAGGAAAGGAAAGGGGAAGGUUAGCAUGUUAACUUAUGUAAGUAGUUGGAAUGUCUUACGGAAUUCACCAAGUGUGAAAUCCUGAGUUUAGUGAAGUCAAUGAUGAAGCUGUAUUGGCUUAAUCAUGAAUGGAUGGGACCAUCUUCAUAUGUCUGAAAGAGGCCCAACAUUUUGUUUGUACCAUCAACCAUUCAGUUACCUAAGAGUUCAGAAGAUGAUAUCGAAUAACAUGCUGUUCUUUUACUAAUGUUACCGUGAAAGUAGAUGUGAGGAAUGAAUAGAGAAUUAGUAAGAAAAAGAAUCCCAAGCUGGUACAAAUUGGGGCGAGGUAACAAUUGUCUUUAGGACAAUUGUCCAUGUGUUUCUUGUUUUGUUUUUUGCUUGGUUGUAUGGUUGGUUUUGUAUUAUGAAAUUUGCUCACUCAUCAGUUAGAGCUUGCCUGCCCAUGCUGGGCUCAUUUGCAGAAAUGACAGAGCGGGUUACACACAAACCUAAGAACUGUAUCAGGACAAGGUCCAUCUUGUUCAGCCUUCGGUUCCUAAAAGAAAUUAUUUGGAUGCUUUAAGGCAUUCCUAAGCAGGGCAUGAAAUGGAUUGCCUUCUUCUGUUAUUUAUACAGAGAAAUCCUGCCUCUCUAUGACUGUUCUAUUUAGCUUACCACAACCAAUAGCCAGCACUCAUUUUGUUUUAGCCCAAUCUUCUUCCUCUGUUGCUAUAUUAAGAUGUAUCAAAUUGGGGCAAUGCAUUUGUGCUUUGGCCAAAGAUCUCUCCUUUUUAUAUAGAAUGUGACCAGCGUAACUCAUAGAGUAAUGUCAAGUCCAGCACUUCACAUGACAACUGAAGCAAUCAUUCUGAAGAUCCAGUCCCCAGUUUGACCAUGCCUAGAUAGCUUUCAUGUUAGCACUUCUGCUGUAUGUUCUUGAUCAAACAUUUUCUCCUAGUGCCCUUUGCUUCGUUACCACCAUCCUGGCAUAACAUGGUUUCAGCUGGAGCCUCCCUUAAAGAGUAGAUGUAUUAAGACACAUCAGUACAGAACAAUCCAGAGUAAAAAUAGGUUUACUAGGAUGGUUUACUAGGAUGAUCUUUAGGUAUCCAGUCCCAGAAAACUGAGUAUCCAAGAUGGGCGGUGACUGCUUAGCCAAGCAUAACAGCAUAACCCAUGCCAUUAUUCUAAAACUGAUGUGACAUCUGCAGAAAGAUGGUAUAUCAGCACUGCAGGCCAAGCUUUAGGGUUAGAAUGCCAGGCAUUUUCAGGGAGUACUUACCUCAUAUUCACUUGCUUGUUAAAUCGGUAUGUCAGUGAAUGGAAAUGGAAGGUAUCAAUGCCACAGAAUUUUAAAAAAACAGCAGAGCUUUAAAACAGCAUUUGCUGUCGAUGAACAGAAGUAUUUUAAGAUAGCACAGCCUGUAGGAAGGCCACUUAUUUUCAUGUCAAAUAACUAGUUACAUUGAAGUCAUCCCAAUGGCAUAUGGAACAUUGAUCAUAAAGGAAUCCAAAGCCAUCUGCAACAGCAAAGGGCUUCCAAACUGUUCUCAGUAUAAUGUCCUAGGUGACAUCUUUGUUCUAGUCUUACGUGAGUAACUUGGCUAGAUUGAACAAUGUGCAAUACAGAACAUUAAGCUUUGUUUAAAAUGCUGUGGUAAAUUCUUGGCCCACUCCUGAUCUGUAGGAUGAAGUAAGCUUCUAUAUCCAGACCCCCUUGCUGGAUGCCCCCAGUGAGCAGAAAGACCCUAAGUAGAACAACAAAGACCAUAUCUAAGACCUGGUGAUGUUCAGGUGCAUGGACCACCUGCUGCACAUGCAUCUUCUAGCAGUGGGUCAACAUAUUCAGCUUUGACACAUUUCAUCCACCUGUUGGGGAUGAAAUGUGUCAAAGACCACCUGAGACCAGAAAGGCAUACUUGGGAAGUGCCCCAUUUUAUCUUCUCAACAAUCUAGUACAAGGGUUCCUUACACUUUCUUACAUACAUCAUCACAUUACAUACACUUUCAUCACAUACAUAUCCUGUAUCGGAGCUCCGCGGAUCAGGGCCAGUAGGUUUUCAUAUUGAUGCAAAUAUAACUUGAAUUGGAAAUAUCUCCUGCAGUAAAGGCACGUGCUAACAGAUUUGCAGGAUGUUAUAUAUAUGAACCCAGUUUACAUAUAUUCUAACAGCUUGAUGAGAUAUUGGCUGACAUACUGUGCAACAUUAUGCAUGUGGUGGAACAUAACGUGUGCAGUUAAGCAAGAGUGCAAGAGUGCAGUUGCACAAGCACAAGAAAUGCACAAAGGGAGUUGUGCAACAGUGAAUCCAUUGUGUAACAAGCAGUAUGUCAGCCAUUUAUUCAUAAGGAAUUCUCUUGAAACCAGUGCAGCAGAAUAAUGGGACGCAUAUAUUGUUCGAGACAUAUUUUGUCUCCUACUAAUAAAUGGAACAUGAACAAUUUUAGGGUUGUCAGAGGUGAGAUGAAAGUGCAUGACUCAAGACAAAGAUCUAAAAAGAAUCUUCCAUUUUGUCAAAGAUGGAUCAACAUGUGGCCUUUCAAAUCUGUUGAGAGCUAGGGCAGUACAAGUGUUGGAGUGACUACUGGACUAGAACCCUGCUGAGCUAGAUUUGAAUACUGAUUGCAUGAAGCUCACCCAUCAGCCUUGGGUCCAUCACAUAAAAUGGGGUAUUUCCCAAGUACGCCUCUCUGAUUCCCUUGGAUGGAGGAGAGUGAGAAAUAAAUCAAUAUGACAAAUAUGACAAACAAUUAUAUAUGACAAAUACUUAUAUACCACUUUACACACACACACACACACACACACACACACACGGCUUCCUGUCCCCAAAUGGCUCACAAUCUAAAAAAGAAACAUAAGAUAGACACCAGCAACAGUCACUGGAAGUACAGUGCUGGGGAUAGAUAGGGCCAGUUGCUCUCCCCCAACUCAGUAAAGAGAAUCAUCACUUUCAAAAGGUGACUCUUUGCUCAGUUAGCAAGGGAAAUAAACACAUUCUGCAAAAUUACAAUGCAAAACGGCAGCUUCAACGAAGGAGAUCACUGUGAGUAGAUUUGCCCAUCUUAAUCAGAAAAGCCUGGCCUGGUUCUUCUGAUAUUGCCCUCCUGGUGUGGGAGAUACUGCAGCCCCACUCCUUCCUGCUCUGCCAGUCAGGCUUCUUGGUUGCUUUCAAAGUGCAUCAUCGAUGUAUCAUGGAGUUCAGUGUUCACCUUUGCAUUUUCAUCUCAGUCCUCUGUUAAUGAUACAGCUGACUGAAAAGGGCAUCUGAAGACUGUUAACUAAGGAUGUGCACAGAAGCGGGCAGGGGUAGUUUGAUGGCGGGGGUCGCUUUUUAAGGGUGGGGGAGGGUGCACUUCCUCCACUCCCGCCCCUCCCAAUGCUUGGUAUUUGCAAUGUCUGACGGAGAGGCAGCAUACCUCCCUGCAUCUUUGUCUGCUCCCUGGCCAGAAGUGGCCGGAAGUAGCUGGCACACGUGUCAGGGAGCGGACGGGGCAGCAGGGAGGUAUGCUGCCGCCCCGUCGGACUUUGCAAAUAUCGAGUGCUGGCGGGGGGAAAGCAGAGGGUGGGAUAAGUGCACCCUCCCCCACCCUUAUGGUGCGAAACACCCCCCCGCCUUCGAUCGUCGAACCUCCUAGUGUUUGAACCUGUUCGGAGGCCCAUAAAAGGCCUCCUACUAUUAACUAUGGUUUUCAACCUGUUUAUAAAAAAGAUUUCUACAUGAGGUCUGUUCCAACUGUGUCAAUAAAUGAUCAUAAAUUAUAUGAUAUCAUUUAUCAUAUAAUAUCAAAGAAUCAAAGCAAUUCUUUCCAGGACACAAAUGCACUAUUCUACACAAAUAAAGGAGUUUUCUUCCAUUUUAUACAUAUAUACUGUAUAAUGCUUGUUUAUUUCUUGGGUAGCCAAUGUUUGGAUUACAUUUUGUAACAAGAAAAAAAAACUUGUCUAAACCUAUGAUAUGGGAAUUUAAAUUCAAAUAUUUUCUUGGAAGAUUUUUUUUUAAAAGCUAAAACAUAAAAACACUUGGUGAACAGUAGAGCAAUUAAAACAAGGGAUGUUUGCUAGAAAUAUCCACUUGUAGUUGUUUUGUAUCAGUAUUUUCUGCAUAGUAUUUCUAAAAUGUAAAUGAGAGAAGGGUCUUCUCUACAUAGCAAUGUACAGUGCAACAAUACCUAUAAACCAGGGGUACUUUCUAGUAUCCUCCUGUGUAUAAUGUAACUCAUAAAACAACAGCUUGCAGACA